GGGGGCGGGGCUAAGCCUUCCCUCACGUGGGGCCUGCGGUCAUCGUGGGCGCUUCUAGGCCACGGGGACCAGGAAGGGGCCGAUGCGGAGGGCUCAGGGCUUGGGCGAGGACCGAAGAUUUUGCGGUCCAGCGGCUGCCGCCCCUUGGCAGCGACCGGAGCCCCGGCAGACUCCCGGGUCAGAGCCUCCGUAGUAAACACACUUCAGAAACGUGAGGUGCCGGUGGUCACGUGGGGAGCGCGUCCCCCAAUGAGGAGCCGGGGGUGGGGCCCAGGCCGCUGACGCGGCGGUGGCGGCGGAGUCACCCGGGCAGCCUCGGGACCGGUCCCCGGCCGGCAACGGUCCAGCGGCCUCGACCACAGCCUCCGGGCUCCGUGCUGCGCCCUCGCUCUUGCCCCCGGGCCGGGAGGCAGCGUGACCGCCCGCGGCUGCGUCCUCUCAGCCCUCUGGGCGUCUGGCCUCGGCCAGGCGGCUUUCUCUGCCGGGGCCGCCUCGGUGGGGCGAGGUUUCCGUGACGAACCUCCUGGGGCUGCCGGUGCCGGCUCGGGCCGUCGUGGCGGCUCGAGCACUGGGCGCCUGUUCACCCUGCGGGGGUCCGAGGCCCUCGAAGUUAUGUGUCUGGUCCCGGCGGCGGCGGUGGCGGGCUCCGGCUCCUGAAGGGCGUCACACCCGCUCUCCUCGGACUGAGCAACCUCCAUUCAUCUUCCUGCCGCGCCUCCGGCGCCCGCAGCUCUGGUCCCCUCCGCAGACUCCUGUUUCCUGGGCCCCUUCUGCCGCCCUGCCCUCACUCCUGGCGGGCGGAGAUUCCCCUGGAAGCGGAGGUGUCGGUUAUGAGCCGGAUCCGCCUGCCUUAAAUUUCUCAGUGGAGGGACUCCGGGGGGACCCGCCGCCCGCCGCGCCCCCGGGAUGGGGGUGAACGCCGUGCACUGGUUCCGAAAGGGGCUGAGGCUUCACGACAACCCGGCCCUGAGGGAGUGCAUUCAGGGCGCCGACACCAUCCGCUGCGUCUACAUCCUUGACCCUUGGUUCGCGGGCUCCUCCAACGUGGGCAUCAACAGGUGGCGAUUUUUGCUUCAAUGUCUUGAAGACCUUGAUGCCAAUCUAAGAAAAUUAAACUCUCGUCUGUUUGUGAUUCGUGGACAGCCAGCAGAUGUGUUCCCCAGACUUUUCAAGGAAUGGAACAUUACUAAACUUUCAAUUGAGUAUGAUUCUGAGCCCUUUGGAAAGGAACGAGAUGCAGCCAUUAAGAAACUGGCUACUGAAGCUGGAGUAGAAGUCAUUGUACGAAUUUCACAUACUUUAUAUGACCUAGACAAGAUAAUAGAACUCAAUGGUGGACAGCCACCUCUUACUUAUAAAAGAUUCCAGACCCUCAUCAGCAAAAUGGAACCAUUAGAAAUACCAGUAGAGACAAUUACAUCAGAAGUGAUAGAAAAAUGCACAACUCCUCUGUCUGAUGACCAUGAUGAGAAAUAUGGAGUCCCUUCGCUGGAAGAACUAGGUUUUGAUACAGAUGGCUUAUCCUCUGCAGUGUGGCCAGGAGGAGAAACUGAAGCACUUACACGAUUGGAAAGGCAUUUGGAAAGAAAGGCUUGGGUGGCAAAUUUUGAAAGACCUCGAAUGAAUGCGAAUUCCCUGCUCGCUAGCCCUACUGGUCUUAGUCCCUACCUUCGAUUUGGUUGUUUGUCCUGUCGACUGUUUUAUUUCAAACUAACAGAUCUCUACAAAAAGGUAAAGAAGAAUAGUUCUCCUCCACUUUCCCUUUAUGGGCAGCUAUUAUGGCGUGAAUUUUUCUAUACAGCAGCAACAAAUAAUCCACGCUUUGAUAAGAUGGAAGGAAACCCUAUCUGUGUUCAGAUUCCUUGGGAUAAGAAUCCAGAAGCUUUGGCAAAAUGGGCAGAAGGCCGUACAGGCUUUCCAUGGAUUGAUGCCAUCAUGACACAGCUUCGACAGGAGGGCUGGAUCCACCAUUUAGCCAGACAUGCGGUUGCUUGCUUCCUGACCCGAGGUGACUUGUGGAUUAGUUGGGAAGAAGGAAUGAAAGUAUUUGAAGAAUUAUUGCUUGAUGCAGAUUGGAGCAUAAAUGCUGGAAGUUGGAUGUGGCUGUCUUGUAGUUCCUUUUUCCAGCAGUUUUUUCACUGCUAUUGCCCAGUUGGUUUUGGUAGGAGAACAGACCCCAAUGGAGACUAUAUCAGGCGUUACUUGCCUGUUCUGAGAGGCUUCCCUGCAAAAUAUAUCUAUGAUCCCUGGAAUGCACCAGAAGGUAUUCAGAAGGUCGCCAAAUGUUUGAUAGGAGUUAAUUAUCCUAAGCCAAUGGUGAACCAUGCUGAAGCAAGCCGUUUGAAUAUUGAAAGGAUGAAACAAAUCUAUCAGCAACUUUCACGAUAUAGAGGACUAGGUCUUCUUGCCUCCGUGCCUUCUAAUCCUAAUGGAAAUGGAGGCCUCAUGAGUUAUUCUCCAGGAGAAAAUAUCCCAGCUUGUAGCAGCAGUGGAAGUUGUCCUCAAGGAAGUGGUAUUUUACAUUAUGCUCAUGGAGACAGUCAGCAGACUCACUUAUUAAAGCAAGGAAGAAGCCCUCUCGGCACUGGCCUGAGCAGUGGGAAACGUCCUAAUCAAGAAGAGGAAACUCAGAGUUCUAAAGUCCAGAGACAGAGCACUAAUUAGAAAACAUUCAGGAGGAAUACUGUUGCAGCUGAAAUUUGUGGGGGGUUCAGUAGUUUUUCAGUUAAAUUAUUUUAAAGUGUUCGUCAUUGAUGGAAAGCGGUUACAUUUUGAAAUGCAUUAUUUCUAAUUAGAUUUCUGUGGUUUUUAACUUUUUAAUGAAUUUCACAUAGGACAAACCCUAAUUUGUAUAUAAAGAAUUUGGUAAGAGAAUUUGCUUAAUGUAAAUAUAAAUAGUCACAAUUAGAAUAGACCCAUCAGUAUAUUUUUGAUAAUUUUUAAUGUAUGGUACAAAUUAAAGUGGUAAACUGAUAUUCUCAUAAAAGUUCAAGUUUUGAGAGUCAAUGUGGAAAACAGGAGGUUUUUAGACUUUCUUAAAAGACCUUGUUAAAAUUUUAGGACACAGUUUUCUGGUCAUCAUUGUUUGAUCUCACUUUGUGAUCUUUAAUAUUUUAGAAAAUGUAUGUGAUUAAUUGUAGAUACAACUUCUGUUAACAUAGACAAUAAUGUGUUUUAAAGCUUUAUAUAUGCCAUUUUGACCCAAACUUGUGAAAGUAUCAUGUGUUAAGUUCUUCUUGUCUCCUUUUCUUUGUUCAUUUACAGCUAAAAUAACCUUGUUAUUAAAGUAUAUGCAAAU